GGACCGCCGGCUGCCAUGGCCAGGGCGUCGAGGGCGGCGGGUCACCACCGCCACUGCGGCUGGCACGUGACGGUCACGUGCCGCAAGGCGAGCGCGGCGGCGCUGCGCGUGUUCGCCGUGCUGCAUUUCGCGGUCGGCCUACACGGCGCCUACCUGCUAGAGCACCCACACGUGGGGCCCAUGCAGUCCCAAGUCUUCAGGGAGCUGGGGCAAUGGAAGUUCCUCACCUUCUGGAACAUGGUAUUACAAACUGUGUACUUCACGAUAUGUGUCAUCAACGAUCUCAUUGGAACAAAUGACUCUCAUCCUAAGAAGACACCAUUCAUUCGGAGUCUGAGAGAUUUUAUUCAGGCGUCUUUGGCUUUCCCACUCUCAACUUUUGUAUGCUUGACUUUCUGGAGCCUAUAUGCAAUUGACAGAGAACUAGUUUUCCCAAAAGCAGCAGAUACAUUUUUUCCAUGGUGGCUGAAUCAUGUAAUGCAUUCCAACAUAUUAGUAUUCUCACUGUUGGAGACAGUUGCUACAUAUCACAAGUAUCCAUCAAGAUCAAAAUGUUUGCUUGGUCUUGCAGUUUUCACAAUUGUUUAUCUUGUAUGGGUGCACAUAAUUUACUACCUCUCAGGUGAAUGGGUCUAUCCAGUACUAAGUGUCCUAAAUGUGGCCCAGAGAAUAGUAUUUUUCCUCAUACUGAUGCUCUUAUUUUUUGGGCUCUAUUUCCUGGGAGAGGUACUCAACAAUAAAGUAUGGGAAAGUGAGGUUGCAGAAGGUCAGAAGACAAGAAAAAUGAAGAAAAAAUAACUUUGGCAGCUUAACCACAUUGUCUCCAUUUCAUCAUCUCGUCAAUGUUCAAAAUAUCAUCAUCAAAAUACUUAAUUUUGUACUGUUGAACAUACUGAGAAAUAAAAUGUAUUGUUAUUUUUCAUCCUUAAUAUUUAAGGGUGUACUAUAUACAUAAAUUGUUACUGACAAUAGAAUUAAAGAAAACUGAAAAAAAGCCAGUUGGCAUGGAAACUAUAAACAUGAAGGAAAGGAAAGCACUGGGACAAAGUCUGACUUGACUUGCAGUUGUUUCAGUUGUAGAUAUUUGAUCAAUUUUAACAUACUGGAUCUUUCGAGCAAAACAAUUUAAAGAGAGCCAAAAUGUGACAAUCAUAUCAACAACAUUAGCAUGUUUAUAGACAUAUGUAAAAUAAUAAUAAAUUUUUGAAAUAAAAGGAAAUAUGUGCUUUUUACUUAGCCUGAUAGCAUCUUAUAAUUAGUUGAUAAUGAAAUGUUUUGAAGCAAUUGUCAGAUGGUUACUGCUACCCCUUCUAAUUUACAUAAAAACAGUUGCAAAAAGUAUUUGUUCCAAAAUGUCUAAUGCUACAAUACUUACUAUUGUACAAAACAGUAUUUGGCCUGUGAAAAACUCAGUUACUAAAAAUAAAAGUCUUACUAAAG